UUCUGACUCUGCCCCACCGCCGCGGCCAUUGUCCAGCCCUGUUGCGGCGGAAGCCGGUUUGGGCAGAUAGCCCUUCCACAGAAAAGGAGUGAGGAGCACCAAGACGACGGCAGCCUAGGUUUAGAGCUCCAGCGACGCAGAGAUGGCCCCGAGGCCUCCGACAGCCGCGUCGAAGGAAUCAGUGACAUUCAAAGAUGUGGCUGUGGACUUCACCCAGGAAGAAUGGUACCACGUGGACCCUGCACAGAGAAGCUUGUACAGGGAUGUGAUGCUGGAGAACUACAGCCACCUGGUUUCUCUGGGAUAUCAAGUUUCCAAACCAGAGGUGAUUUUCAAAUUGGAGCAAGGAGAAGAGCCAUGGAUAUCGGAGAGAGAAAUCCAAAGACCUUUCUGUCCAGACCAGAAGACCAGGCCUGAAGCCAAAUCCUCUAAUCUGCUGCAGAGCACAUCCGAAGUUUCCCGCCACCAGGAUGAACGCUCACAUGCUGCAUUACAAGAUGGCUGGGAUGUUAGUAGCCAGUUAGAAAGGCACCAAGAAAACUGGAAGGGACAUCUGGGGUCCAAGGCAUCUAGCCAGAAGAGUAUCACCACUCCAGAGGGAAGUUUUGAGCCAAACAAAUCUGGUGAAAACUCUAGAUUGAACACUAACGUGGUUCCACAUCUGAACAUUCCUUCGAAAAUAAGGCCCAGUGAAUGUGAAACCCUUGGAAGCAGUUUGGGACAUAAUGUAGACCUACUUAAUCAGAAUAAUGCCCUUGCAAAAAAGAAACCCUACAAAUGUAAUAAGUGUAGAAAAGCAUUUAUUCACAGGUCAUCACUUAAUAAACACGAGAAAACUCAUAAAGGAGAUACUCUCCCUAAUGGUACUGAUCCAGGAGUGUAUCCAGGAAAGAAACACCAUGAGUGUACUGACUGUGGGAAAACCUUUCUCUGGAAAACUCAGCUUACUGAACAUCAGAGAAUUCACACCGGGGAGAAACCUUUUGAGUGCAAUGUGUGUGGAAAGGCCUUCAGGCACAGCUCAUCCCUGGGUCAGCACGAAAACGCUCAUACUGGAGAGAAGCCUUAUCAAUGUAGUCUGUGUGGGAAAGCCUUCCAGCGCAGCUCCUCCCUCGUUCAGCACCAGAGAAUCCACACAGGAGAGAAACCCUACCGCUGUAACCUGUGUGGGAGAUCCUUUCGGCAUGGCACAUCCCUUACUCAACACGAAGUCACGCACAGCGGAGAGAAACCCUUCCAGUGUAAGGAAUGUGGGAAAGCAUUUAGCCGGUGUUCUUCCCUUGUGCAACAUGAGAGGACUCAUACAGGAGAGAAACCUUUUGAAUGUAGCAUAUGUGGGAGGGCUUUUGGUCAGAGUCCAUCCCUUUAUAAACACAUGAGGAUUCAUAAGAGAGGCAAACCUUACCAAAGCAGUAACUUCAGUGUAGACUUCAAGCACAGUUCAUCUCAAGAUGAAAACACGCUGACUGAAGUGAAAACCUACCAUUGUGAUGACUGUGGGGAGGACUUCAGUCACAUUACAGACUUUACCAAUCAUCAGAAGAUCCAUGCUGGAGAGAACCCCUAUGACUGUGAGCAGGCCUUUAGUCAGCAAUCGAUUUCUCAUCCUGGAGAGAAGCCCUAUCACUGUAAUGUGUGCGGGAAAGCUUUCAAAAGGAGUACAAGUUUCAUCGAGCAUCACAGAAUCCAUACUGGAGAGAAGCCCUACGAAUGUAAUGAGUGUGGAGAAGCCUUCAGUCGCCGCUCAUCUCUCACGCAACAUGAGAGAACCCACACUGGAGAGAAACCCUAUGAAUGUAUUGACUGUGGGAAAGCCUUCAGUCAAAGUUCAUCUCUUAUUCAGCACGAGAGGACUCACACUGGAGAGAAACCCUAUGAAUGUAACGAAUGUGGCCGCGCCUUCCGAAAGAAAACCAACCUGCAUGACCACCAGCGAAUUCAUACCGGAGAAAAACCGUAUGCUUGUAAAGAAUGUGGGAAAAAUUUUAGUCGAAGCUCAGCUCUUACGAAACAUCAGAGAAUUCAUGCACGGAAUAAACUUUAGGAAGCCUAAAAUUAAGGUUUGUGUAGAAAGCUUUAGCUAAACUUUUGUUCUAAUUCAGUAUCAGCGGAUUCUUUUUGGAGAGAAUGUUUGAAAAUGCCAUGAUGUAUGUGUUUGUAUGUUGUGUGUGAGCAAAACUAUGCCACUAUGGUUUUUUUUUUUUUUAAUAAAAGCCACAUUCUCCUAUCUGAAUUGUAGGCUUUUGUAAAAACCAAACAAUACAUAUUAAGCCUUUGGAAAGGAUAUGCCUAUAUAUCAGAGUUUAUAAGAUGCUUGAAUGUGAAUAUGCAGGAGAUCACCAAUUUUGACAGCUUGACAUGUAACUCCUAUUGUUUACAGCCUUUAAAAAUAAAUAAAAGUACAAUAAUGA